AUGCGGACGCAGGCUCGAAGUAGUGCGCCCAAGUCCCGGACUGGGUGUGGGACAUGGUUCGAAGCCAAUGACUCCUCCGGCUUCAUCCUGUCUUGUGGUCCAGACAUAAACUCCCUUUAUUUCAAGAACGAUCUUGAGGCCCAGUAUUUCGAUCAAUGGAGCCAUAUCUCGCGAUCAUUCCUCGGCGGCUACUCCUCGAGUAAGCUAUGGGCCGUAUUCAUGCCUCAAAUCACACGCCAAGACCCUGUCUUACGCGACGCAGCGAUAGCAAUUGGGGCAAUGAGUCGAGCCAUGUCCAUCAGUUGUGCAGGAGGGCAUGUCGAGAAGACCCUUCAUCAUACGAACGCAGUCGACCAUUAUUGCAAAGCACUACGGCUCCAGGCACAAACGAGCCUUGAAUCCUUAGACAUGCAGAGCCUAAUGCUAGGCUCUAUUCUCUUCAUCUGCUUUGAGGCUUUUCGCUCCAACCCAAAAGCGGCGUUGCAGCACAUUGCUCGGGGAACUCCCUUACUUCAGCAACUGUUCACCCACGACAGGUCGAGUUCUCAUAUCCGCAAAAUAGCCCCCGACCCUUGGGAACUCCUCCACGAGAUCUCAAGGGUAUAUGUGUAUCUAGGUGUUCAAACCCAGACUGUGAUGAGCGGACGACUAGACAGCAGCCAGUCCGCAAUUCGGACACUGGCUCAAGACUUGCAAACCAAAGGCUGCAACGUGGAAAGGGUUGACGCAAACUUUGAUUACUUUUUAAAUCCUCGGCGGGAAAUCGAUUUAGAUUGUUUCCCUGACAGCUUCUCCACGUUGGCAGAAGCUUCCGAGCAUUGGACCCUUACCGAACGCAAAAUUCAGAAAUACUUUCCUCAAGUUAUGGCGUCCAUGCCAAGCCUGAUCAAACUCAAGGACACAUUUCAAGAUGUUGACAGCUUUUUCGAUCAGCUCGAGCGUCAGGCUGAGAUGGACAUCUUCGUGCGCCGCGCUCAUCACUAUCUUGAGAGCUGGUACCGGCCAUUCAAACCGCUGUGCUUUAGCGCAUCUCGCAAUCACUCGUCCAAUCCGGACCUGUACCACCAGACCACAUAUCUUCACCUCCAGUAUCUCGAACUUUAUGUCUUCAUCCUGUUCCCAAAGCAAGGCAACUAUAAUACAGUCAACGCUCUCACGCCUACAUUUCGCCAGAUGAAUGGGCUCUGUGAGCAGUUGGCUAAGAGCUGUAGACGAGAGCUCGGCGCAGAUGAAGGAGUAUUUUCUAUGCAGUCAACCGUGCUGUGGCGUUUGAUGUUCAUUGCCAUGAAUUGUCGCGACGCAGACACCCGCAACGAGGCGAUUCGGAUUAUGGACAAGUAUCCCCACCGGGACGGGAUAUGGAACAACCACGCCUUUCUAGCUAUAGCAGAACAGAAUCGUAAGCUCGAAGUUGAGAAUGCAAAGGAGGGCUCGGAACAUGAGCAAUGGCGGAGGCUCUGUUGGAGGGUAUUCCGUUUCGAAGAUGCUGGGACCCGUGUUGUCUUCCGAUCCAUGCGCAAGACAGAUAGUUGGUCGCUAGUCGAGGAGAUCGCAGACCUUGAGCAGGUUGAACGGGAUGGUUGGAAGAAUGCCAGGUGGGAAAGGGUCCCGCUACAUACGAAACACCUCAUGCUCCAGUGGGGAAGGACGACAGGCAUGGAGGCAUUUCGAGAUCCUUCACGCCUAUCGACCGGCUGCGUAUCUCUCAACAUCACGUAG